CCCGCCGUGCGCCCCGGAGCAGUGGAGCCUGUCGGCGUAUAAAAGCCCCCCGCACCUGCAAGCAGCCGGUCAGAGACGCUGUCAGAUCACCAUUCCCCUCAUCAGCCGAGUCAUCGCGCAGGUCAUGGCGCAGCGGACCACAACAGCAGCGCCGCGGCCCCUGCCGGCCGCCGCCGUCCUCGCCGUCCUCGUGGCGGUCCUCGCCGCGCUGCCGGCUCCUGGAGCACCCUUCCCCGUCAGCAGAUGGACCGACACAGCCGUGGUAGAGUCGACAAUCCGGGAGGUGUACGCGCGCCCGCCCACCGACAUGCUGUUCGCGGCCACCAACGACGAGCACCGCGCGUCCACGCACCAGGCGCACCAGGCCGGUAAGGUGCGGCACGUCAAGGGGGGCGGCGGCAAGAACGGCAAGGGCUACCACCACAAGCACUCCUCCUCGGGCAACGACGGCUACAAGCACUUCGACGCCUUCCACACCAAGAGCGGCGACAAGUACGGGUACGAGCAGCACUCCGCCUUCGGGAAGAAGAAGAAGGGCGGUAAGAACGAGAAAUACGGCGCCGCGGGUGACGCGGGCUUCGCCGGAUCUCACCCCGACGUGGAGGUGGUGCGGGACACGGCCCGGAUACGGCAGGGGCCACGGUCGCAGUCGCUCCAGGACGUAAGCGGGGAUGCCUCCGUGGACCGCGAGAGCUCCUCGCACCGGCGCGGACUGCACGGAGAAGACGACAUGUUCUUCGUCUUCUCGGGCGGAAACGAGAAUCAGGAGGAUGACGGCGAGGGGCAGCAGCAGCAACAGGCCGCCGACGACGACGACCACGACGACGACGGCGAGGCGGCGCUGUUCCUCAUGUGUAUUGACGAGUGUGAUGAUUACGACUGACGUUGCCGUGCUGGUUGCUGUGCGCCGCAGGAGCAGCAAGAGGCCGCCGAGGACGACGACGAUGACGACGAGGGCGGCCAGCAGCAGAAGCAGCAGCAGGCCGACGACGACUACGACUACUGAGCGCCCCGGGUCCAAUCCGCGGCCCAGCUGUGAGGCGACCGAUAUCCACGAAUUUCCUGGAUUUGAGUAGGCGGGAUUUUGUACUGCCCCCCAGGACAAUUAUGAUGGCAUUGUUAAUGUAUUGUGAAUUCUAGUCAACCUCGUUGCCUCCUCGCCCUGAAAGGAGGGGUGGGGUGAUUAUCAUUGUCAUGUUAUAUUUUUGUGUUUUAUCUUACCAUCACAUUGUCACAGUCUUUUCAUCUACAUACUCAUAUUGUUAAGGCCUCACACUUUUAUCUGCAUUAUAUCAUAUUAACACAUCUUGUGUACCUGCGAGUUUUUGUUGUAUUAAUAAAUACCUUCCAAACGUUAA